UGCACAUGCGCAGUAUUACGUUCUUGUAUACAUGCGAUAUAUACAGCGCAAAGCGUGUUCAUAUGAGUAAAAUGCCGCCAAUUUAUAAUAACGUGUUAUAAUCCAAUAAUAUAAAAAAAUAGUGUGUUAAAAUUGAAUCUGGCAUUUCGUGGAAUCAAUAUAAUAAAUAAUGAGAAUUGGUGCAUAAUCAUAAGGAAAUAAAGACUUCGUUCAAGGAAUUUAAGUUUCUAUAGUAAUUAUCAAUUAAAACAAUGUCAUUCCGUGGUCGUGGAGGUGGUGGAUUUGGCAGAGGAGGCGGUGGUGGCGGUGGAUUUCGAGGUGGAAGAGGCGGUGGAGGUUUCCGAGGACGUGGUGGUGGGUUUGAUAGAGGUGGAAGAAACUUUGACCAAGGUCCACCAGAAGAAGUUACUCGAUUAGGCCACUUUACAUGGACAGUUCAAGAUGACCUUGUUGCUAAGGUAGACAUUGAACAAGUGCCCUUUUUUAAUGCUCCAAUUUACACAGAAAACAAACAACAAAUUGGGAAAAUAGAUGAAAUAUUUGGUAAUAUUAGGGAUUACUACGUAUCUAUCAAGUUAUCAGAAAAUAUGAGGGCAUCUAGCUUCCAAAAGGAUACAGAGUUGUUUAUAGAUCCAGCAAAACUAUUACCUUUACAAAGGUUUCUGCCUAGACCUCCUGGUGAAAAGAGAGGUGGAGGUGGUGGUCGUGGAAUGAAGAGAGGUGGUGGAGGAGGACGUGGUGGUAGAGGCGGAGGUAGACCCUCAUUUGGACGUGGUGGCUUUGGAAAUAGAGGUGGUGGUGGUGGUGGAGGAGGAGGAUUUAGAAGUCGUGGAGGAGGAGGAGGAUUUGGACGUAACGACUCUGGUAGAGGUCGCGGAAGAGGAAGAUGGUAGAAACAUAAAAGACUCUAUAAUGAAUUUUUAUAUAAAGACCUAUUAAGGAAUGAGAACAUGUUAAUUUCAUGAAAGAGACAGGAAUAUUAAUAGUUUUAAAUAAGAUUAAAAAAAAACGUAAUUGAAACAGUACUUCAUUUAUGUUCAAUAUUUUGUUAGUACAUGUGAUCUCUGCUUCCACAACUGAUACGUUAUAUAAAAGCAUAUGUUUUAUAUACAAAUAUUAAACAGA